AUGGCGACCAAAGAGGUGUUCGCUUUGGGGAUGACCAACAGUAAUUAUUCCAACAACUUUAUCAAGGACUUUACUGAGACCAAACGUUUGGGUGUGAGGAGAGGAGACUACAGCUGUAACUUGACCAUAUCCAAGACAGAGCCAGGGGACUCAGCUACAUACUAUUGUUCCAUUACAGCCAUCUAUGAGCAAACAUUUGGAGAGGGAACUGUUUUAAUUGUCAAAGGUUCAGAGUCCAACAGCAUGUCUGUGCUCCAGCAGCCUGUGUCUGAGUCAGUCCAGCCAGGAGACUCUGUGACUCUGAACUGUACAAUACACACUGAGACCUGUGUAGGAGAACAUAGUGUCUAUUGGUUCAGACAUGGCUCAGGAGUAUCCCAUCCAGGAAUCAUUUACACCCAUGGAGACAGGAGUGAUCUGUGUGAGAAGUUCCCUAACGCUGGGUCUCCUACACAGAGCUGUGUCUACAACCUCCCCAAGAGGAACCUCAACCUCUCUGAUGCUGGAACUUACUACUGUGCUGUGGCCUCAUGUGGAGAGAUACUGUUUCGGAACGGGACCAAGCUGAACAUUCAUGUUCCAGAGCAUGAUUCUCAUUUGAUCAGUCCAACUGUUCUGGCCUUGGUCGUCUCCAACAUCGUCCUGGGGAUAGUGACCCUUCUACUUGUCUGGGUGCUGUGCAAGACUCAGAACAAGAGAGAUAGCAGAGAUGGUUUUAAGGAGGACCAUCUUCUGUUCAUGUACUGCCUGGGCGUAGCGUUGGGUCUGUGUGUCAUUGUCACGCCCUGA